AUGUUAAUGGAAGAAGCAGUUAAGAGUAAGGAAGAGUUUGGCAGAGGAAAGAUGAAAGUAGUGGGGAAAACAAGAGUUAAAGUGGAUAGAGGAACACCAGUCAUCCAGGUGACAGCUAGAGACGCUGACGACCCUUCCAGCGGCAAUAAUGCACGUCUGCUAUACAGCCUCCUGCAGGGACAACCAUAUUUCUCCAUUGAACCCACAACAGGAGUUAUAAGAAUAUCUUCUGAAAUGGACAGAGAGCUGCAAGACGAAUACCGGGUAAUUAUACAAGCCAAGGACAUGAUUGGUCAGCCUGGAGGACUUACCGGAACAACAAGUGUAUUCAUUACACUGUCUGAUAUUAAUGACAAUAAGCCUAUAUUUAAAACAAAUUUCUACCGCCUGUCUGUCACUGAAUCUGCCCCCAUUGGGACUUCUAUAGGAACAAUCCUGGCCUAUGAUAAUGACAUAGGAAAGAAUGCAGAAAUGGAUUACAGCUUAGAAGAUAAUUCACAGACAUUUGAAGUCAUCACUAACAAUGAUACCCAAGAAGGAAUAAUUUUACUAAAAAAGGAAGUGGAUUUUGAGCACCAGAAUCACUAUAGUAUUAGAGCCAACGUUAGAAACCGCCAUGUUGCUGAACAUCUCUUGAAGUAUCACACUGAAGCCUCCACCGCUUUCAUUAAGGUCCAGGUGGAAGAUGCUGACGAACCUCCUGUUUUCCUCUUCCCAUAUUAUGAAUUUGCUAUUCCUGAAGGAAAUCCACAUGGAUCCUUUGUAGGCCUGGUAUCUGCCAUAGAUCCAGAUCACAGGAAUUCUCCCAUCAGCUAUUCUAUUACUAGAAGCAAAAUGUUCAGUAUUGAUGACAACGGCACAAUCAUUGCCACAGACCCUCUGGACCGGGAGGUUAGUGCUUGGCACAACCUAAGUAUCACAGCUACAGAAAAAUACAAUAUACACAAAAGUGUGGAAGUCCCUGUGUUUGUGCAAGUUCUUAAUGUUAACGAUCAUGCUCCUGAGUUCUCUCAGUAUUAUGAGACUUAUAUUUGUGAAAAUGCAGACGCGGGUCAGACAAUUCAGAAAAUUAGUGCAGUGGAUAGAGAUGAGUCCAUAGAAGCGCACCACUUUUACUUUAAUCUAUCUGUAGAAGACACAAUGAACUCAAGUUUUACCAUCUUAGAUAACCAAGACAACACAGCUGUCAUUUUGACUAACAGAACUGGCUUCAGCCUGCAAGAAGAACCUGUCUUCUAUGUGUCUAUUUUAAUUGCCGACAAUGGAAUCCCAUCACUUACGAGCACAAACACCCUUACCAUCUACGUCUGUGCCUGUGAUGAGACCGGUAGCACACAGACCUGCAGUAACAGGGAGUAUAUGCUUUCAAUGGGGUUCAGGACGGAAGUCAUCAUUGCUGUACUGAUCUGCGUUAUGGUAAUAUUUGGGUGUAUUUUUUUGAUCCUCGGUCUAAAACAAAGAAGAAAACAGACUCUGUUUCCUGAGAAAGGUGAGGAUUUCAGAGAGAAUAUAUUCAGGUAUGACGACGAAGGGGGCGGAGAAGAGGAUACAGAGGCAUUUGACAUUGCCGAAUUGAGGACCAGCACGUUCAUGCGCGAACGCAAGAGUAGGCGACAGGUGCCCUCGCAGAUCCCGAGCCUAUACAGACAGUCUCUGCAGGUGGGCCCCGACAGCGCCAUAUUCAAGAAAUUCAUUCUCGAAAAGCUCGAAGAAGCCAACAUGGACCCCUGUGCCCCGCCUUUUGAUUCUCUCCAGACCUAUGCUUUUGAGGGAACGGGGUCCUUAGCUGCAUCCCUGAGUUCCCUGGGAUCAGAAAUCUCUAAUCAGGAUGAAAACUUUGAUUACCUUAAUGACUUGGGACCUCGCUUUAAAAGAUUAGCUUGCUUGUUUGGUUCUCCAAUGCAGUCAAAUAGUUAA